AUGCAUAUUGAGAAGAGUAUAUUUGAUUAUUUGAUCGGGACAUUGCUGAAUACGAGGAAGUCAAAGGAUACCCUCAAGGCGAGGAUGGAUUUACAAGACAUGAAUAUCAGGGAAAGUUUUCAUUUGAAACUAAAUGCACGUAAUAUAUUGGAUAAGCCUUUAGCUCAGUAUGUAUUCAAGCCAUCUGAGCGUAAAGAUUUCUUGCAUUGGUUGAAAUCAAUUUUCCAGAUGAAGAUUCAACAUAGGCACGUUUGGGAUGUUCCUGACAAAGAUGAUGAUAGUGUGGACCAUGAUAAUGAUGAAGACGAUGAUGAUUAUGUAGAUGAAAAUGAAAUUUUCAUGAGACCAAUCCUGAACGAGGAUGAUGAAGUUAAUAUUGAAUUAUCUAGAGAUGAUGUUGAUUCUGAAUCUUUUGAUGCUAAUGACAAAGAGGUACGAAGAAUGUUAGGGCUAGAGAAGGAGGGGGAGGAUGAGGAGAAAGAGGGGGAUGAGGAGGAAGAGGAAAAUGAUAAGGAUGAGGAGGAGACGGAGGAAGGGGUUGCAACUUGUGACACAGAUAUUGAUUGA